AUGGGGAACACACUUACAAAAAGUCCACCCAGUUGUAGUUGUCAAAAGUGUAUAGAUGGACCUCCUGAUCAAAGAGAAGGUGGUAUUAUUAUUUAUGGACCACCUUCUUAUUACACGAAUGAGUUGUUCAACUUUAUUACAGGCAAUAUUACAGAAGAGACGAAUGAACCAAUGGACGAUUAUGAAAGAUAUUAUUAUAUGAGUUCUAUGUCACAAACUAUUACCGAAGUAUACAAAACAUUAACAUUGACUAUUCAAAUAGAGAUUGUCGAAGAUAUUGAAGACCUCCAUAGAACGUUGUGUAAUAUAAACUGUUCUUUUGUUAUCUUUGAAAUUGAUUUGAACGACAGAACCACCUUAACAAGUAUUUCUGACGCUCUCUUUAAGCUCAAAGAGAUGAAAAAGAGUGAUGAUGUGUGUUCAUUAGAAUACAGUUAUAAUCUGCCCAAAGAUUAUUUCAUUAUUGGGACUCAUGGAAAUGCCGAGAGUACUACCAACAGUGUUACACGUGCAGACUUAACACAUCUAAAAGAAGAAAGUGGUGUAUGGGGAUACACUGAAUUUGCUCCACGAAGUGAGAACAUCUUCCUCCAAAGGAAUGUCAUUCACAACAUAUUAGAAAGAGCCAAAGACGUCAUUGUUCUCUAUGGAAGAGUCGGGUGGAAAGUAAUGAAGCCGGUCAUCUUAUUAUACGACAGUACACCAGUGAAAGAGGUGACAACUCGUGUUCAAUUAACACUGAAAAUGGGAUGGACAUUGGUAUGA